GCACGUGGAGUGGCCGGGUAGCCAGAGCUGCUGCUCCAGCCCAGCCAGGCGGCGAGAUGGAAGAUAUAAAACCAAAUGUGGAACUGAAAAGCAGUCAGGAGCAGUCUGUGCCUACAGAAGGUCCAGUGAUUUUAAAUGACUACAAUUUAACCAAACCUCAUGAGACAGAAAAUGUGGACAGUGCAGAAUGCCCAACCAAUGAAGAUGAAGAUAUGGAAGACGAUUCAACGAAAGUGAAAGAUGAAUAUAGUGAAAGGGAUGAGAAUGUUUUGAAGCCAGAGCCCAUGGGAAAUGCAGAAGAGCCUGAAAUUCCUUACAGCUAUUCCAGAGAGUAUAAUGAAUAUGAAAAUAUUAAGUUGGAGAGACAUGUUGUCUCAUAUGAUAGUAGCAGGCCGACCAGUGGCAAGAUGAACUGUGAUGUGUGUGGAUUAUCCUGCAUUAGCUUCAAUGUCUUAAUGGUUCAUAAGCGGAGCCAUACUGGUGAACGCCCAUUCCAGUGUAAUCAGUGUGGGGCAUCUUUUACUCAGAAAGGUAACCUCCUCCGCCACAUUAAACUGCACACAGGGGAAAAACCUUUUAAGUGUCACCUCUGCAACUACGCAUGCCAGAGAAGAGAUGCACUCACAGGUCAUCUUAGAACACAUUCUGUUGAGAAACCCUAUAAAUGUGAGUUUUGCGGAAGGAGUUACAAGCAGAGAAGUUCCCUCGAGGAGCACAAGGAGCGCUGCCGUACGUUUCUUCAGAGCAGUGACCUUGGUGAAACCGCAAGUGCGGAGGCAAGACACAUCAAAGCAGAGAUGGGAAGUGAAAGAGCUCUGGUUCUGGACAGAUUAGCAAGCAAUGUGGCAAAACGAAAAAGCUCAAUGCCUCAGAAAUUCAUUGGUGAGAAGCGCCACUGCUUUGAUGUCAACUACAAUCCCAGCUAUAUGUAUGAGAAAGAGAGUGAGAUAAUACAAACCCGGAUGAUGGACCAAGCCAUCAAUAAUGCCAUCAGCUAUCUUGGUGCCGAGGCACUGCGCCCCUUAGUCCAGACGCCGCCUGCUCCCACCUCGGAGAUGGUCCCAGUUAUCAGCAGCAUAUAUCCCAUAGCCCUUACCCGUGCAGAGAUGCCGAAUGGUGCCGUGCAGGACCUGGAAAAGAAACAGAUCCACCUGCCAGAGAAGAGCCUACCUUCUGAAAGAGGCCUCUCCCCCAACAAUAGUGGCCAUGACUCCACAGACACUGACAGCAACCAUGAAGAACGCCAGAAUCACAUCUACCAGCAAAAUCACCUGGUCCCUCCUCGGGCCCGCAAUGGGAUACCACUUCUGAAAGAGAUACCCCGCUCUUAUGAACUCCUCAAGCCCCCACCCAUCUGCCCACGAGACUCCAUCAAAGUGAUCAACAAAGAAGGGGAGAUGAUGGAUGUGUAUCGGUGUGACCACUGUCGAGUCCUCUUUCUGGAUUAUGUGAUGUUCACCAUUCACAUGGGUUGCCACGGCUUCCGUGAUCCUUUUGAAUGUAACAUGUGUGGAUAUCGAAGCCAUGAUCGGUAUGAGUUUUCGUCUCAUAUAGCCCGAGGAGAACACAGAGCCAUGCUGAAGUGAACAUCUGGCCCCGGAGAUGAUUCACGCCUGAGCAUUCCACAUUGUUUUUAAAAACCGAUACCCCUACCUAACAAAUCACUCUCAAAACAAACUCAGUUCCAAACUCUUUUUCGUACCAUUUUUAGUAUCCAGAGGGUCAUGCUCACGUGGGCAACAGAGAAACACUGUCUCCAUUCAGAAGUUGUUUGCAGAUAAUGCCAAUGUUACUACUUUUGUGAAACCUUUGUUUUCCCAUCAGGGACUUGAAUUUUAUGAUAUUUAAAAACCAGAGAAGUAUUUGGUCACUUUCUUUUGCAUCAAUAGGACAGGCAUACCAUGGAGUUUGUUGCCAAUUGGAAGAG